AAUCAAGUGCGCCAUGAGUCUACAGUCAUAUCCAAUGGAUAGGCAGGACUGUACUUUCCAAAUACACGCAUAUAAUGGCAUACACUUGCUAUUGGAACCGUGGUUUGAGUGGAUAGCAUCAGCCCCGCUGACCACAGAUCUUCCAUCCGUCCAUUCCCAGUUCCAGAUCUACAGCGUGCAGAUAAGGAGCUUUGCAAACUCCUUCCUCGACACUGCUGAAGGAAAGGGCUGCGCCUACUCCCAGACGGAAUGUAGCUACCAGCCGUGGAAGUGUGGCCUGGAGGCAAAGGAUGACGAGACCUGUCAGAACUAUGUGGGGUCAUGCCAGCACCAGACAGCUAACUGUAGCUUGGUGUCCGCCAAUGCCACAGCCAACACCUACACCAGCCUAGAGAUCACGCUUUUCUUCAGCCGCCUUCUCUCUUCUCACCUUUUCGAGCUGUUCAUCCCCUGCGUGACGAUCGUCUGCCUGUCGUGGGUGGCGUUCUGGAUCAACCCCGCCGCUGUGCCGGCCCGGGUGGCACUCGGGAUCACCACGGUGCUCACCAUGGUGACACAGGCUACCAGGGUGGUGGGGAUGCCUCAUGUAUCGUAUGUCAGAGCCAUCGACGUCUGGGUUCUAGCAUGUCAGGCUUUCGUCUUUCUUGCGCUGAUUGAGUAUGCUGUCGUCAACUAUCUCAUGAACAAUGCAAAUAAAGCCAAGUCUCAGCUCGCCAAAGCAAAGAGCAAGCCUGCCGUGUCACCAACUGAAAGCCUUCCCCGACUUCAAAACAAGUCCAACGUACCCGGCAAGCCUACUUACCACGGAGAGAAAGUGGACAUCUCUCAAAAGGACCAGUCUGUACCCUCCUCCGUCCAGACGAACCUCAGCAAGUUGACAGCUUUCCUUUUCAACAACAAGCUGGAGAAAGCCAAGAGCAAGGAGAAGAGUGUUGGGAAAGACAAAGCCUCCAUCAUAGAUGAGACCAGCAGGGUUCUUUUUCCAACGGCUUUCUUCUUCUUUAAUAUUGUAUACUGGCUGUACUACUACGAUCACUUUUGAUUGUUACCAAACGGACUAUAUGAAAUAAAUAUUUGCAUGCAUAAAUGUAGCAGGUAAGGUAUAUGGCUGUUGUAUAUUUGCAAAGACUAUAUCAAAACAUUGUAUGGUGAUGAUGGACGGGAGACCUGGCGCAUCCCUGUCUUGUAAUUAGCCAGCGAAAGGGUAUGUCACCCCGUAAGGGGCGGUAUAACCCCGUCGUGUGUAAACAUGUGCGAACAUGUGUGAUCACGUCAACCGAUGAUGAUGAUGAUGAUAUUUCAUUAUGAUAUAGCAAAGGCUAUAGGUGAUUGUUGUUCACUUUGUAUAAAGUUUAGUACAUGUACUUAGUGGCACAUAAGUAAAGCAAGUGUACAUGUCCUUGCUGUGUCAGUAGCACGACGUAUACUUUUACAGGGAGGGGUUGCUAGCCCUCCCCAUAAAUGUGCUUGUUGCACCUUGCUGAACCAGGGAGUCCCCAUUUUAUCUCCCUUCUGAAAGACAGGUGCAGCCCCAAACAAGAUGCCCUUCCUAGAAUUUGAACCAUGGUCUCCCAGUUACCAAUUGGAAUCUGUAGCUCAAAUGUGUGGCUGCUACCAGUUGAGCUACAGUGAUACUGUGAGACAAAGUACAUUGGCAAAGGGAAACAAAACCAAACGCUGGUGUUUUGCACCAUUGAAGAAAGUUUGUGGAAAGACUAGACUACAGUCAAACCUGAAUUUAGGAAAAUAGUUGGUAAGGACGUGGUUGUUCAGGACAGGGUGGGGAUAACUAUGUAAAUUUUGAAAAUGGACAGGACUGUUGGAAUGUGGGUUGUGUAUGACUAGAGGU